UUCAGUUGCUUGGCAAUUAACAUUUAAUCAGCUUGAAAAAUUGAAGGAAGCAGGAGGGAAUGAUGGGAAUUCAGGAGAUGUGAAUGCUAAUGAAGGAAAUCUAUGCAUCCUUAUUUUCCGUUCACUCAUAAGCUCAGAAAAAGCAGAAAUUGAGUUCAUCAAGAAAGGAAGCUUGAGUCCCAGAGAGCUAGAUGCAUUUGUUUCUGUUUUACAAUUAGCUGGUGGGAAGAUGAAACAAAAAACGAAUGUGGAAAGAAAACCUGGUGAAGGUUCUUCACGGAGUCCACCAGUAGACAGAUCUGUUUCUAAACUGGAGUCAAUAGGAGUGAGAAUUUAUGGACUUGAUGAACCUCAGGGAUAUUCCUCAUACAAAGAGAUAUCAUGGGAUAAUAUUGCAGGAUAUGAUCAACAAAAACGGUAUGGAAAGAAGUUGCAAAUGCUCCUUCAAAUUUAG